AUGCUUGCCACUCGGCGUGCCUCGCGGGCGAAGCAGGCGAAGCAAGCCAAGCUUCCGCGCAAGGCAGAUGAUGCCUACGGAGCAUCGCACACAUCUUUCUACACGGAUGCUGUGGCCAAAGACAAGUAUGACACAUUGGAAGAGGUGCUCUCCCUGAAGCUGAAGGAUGAAAAGCUCAAAGGCAUGGUGAAUGAGCUGCUCGAUGCUUGCGUCAAGAUCACUGAGGCCCUGCGCGUGAAUCUUGUCACGGUGAAUGAUGCUUCGAAUGCCUUCGGGGAUCGGCAGCUCACUGUCGACGUCAUUGCCGACAACCUUCUUUGGGACCUGGCCAAGACGUCAAAGUUUGUCUACGAGGCCUCAUCAGAAGAGGAGCCUGAAAUUGUGCAGACGAACAACGAUGGCCAGUACGUCUUGUGCUGGGAUCCUCUGGAUGGCAGCUCGAUCGAGUGGAAGCAUUCUUUUGAGACCGAGUGUGCUUCCAGGAGCCGCGUGUCCUUUCUCUCAAGGGGCUUUUGCUGGGGCCUCGUGAGCAAUGGCAUCCUCUCGCGCGUGGAGAUGCUGGGUGGCGAGAUGGGAGCAGGAAGAGCUGAGGCGCCUGGAGGACGGGAGAGCCAGGAGCGUGAAGAGCAGGAGGAGCAGGAGGAGCACGAAGAGGGCAGGGAGUCCGAGGCCGCUUCUCAGGAGGCUUCUCCGCAGGCUUCACAGGAGCCUCCUGGGGCCGAAGAGCCUGGGCAGCCGAGGCCCCUGUCGACGCAAGACGUGGAGAGGCACCGGGCCUCCUGGCCGGACAUUCCCGGGAACGCCAGUGAGCCGUCAGAGCCCGAAGUCCUGUCAGUGCAGGUGAGCAGCAGCCAGAUGGUACCUGUGAAGCUCGAGCUGCAGGCGACAGAGGCUGAGCAGGUGGGAAGCCUCGGGCCGCUUGGGCCGAUACUGAACUGGUGCCACCAGGAGAACGCGAAGAACAAGGAGUUCUUCAAGGAGCAGCUGGCAGAGGUCAAGGCGGCUGACAGGCAAGAAAGGAAGGAGGACCGGGAGUUCCUCGCGAACUUCUUCAAAGAGCAACUGGCUGAGCAGCGGAAGUUCUACAAGGAGUGCCUUGAGCUGCAGGCUUCACAUGGCCGCGCCUCGUCCGGCUCGUUCCAGCCUGGCGUUCCAGUCAAAGUGGAGAGCAGCGAGGGCGAGGAGCGGCUCGGCGGGAGGGUCGAGGAGAAGGACUUCAGCACCUUGCAAGGCGAGCACGACGACAAGACAACGGUCAGCUGCUCUGAAAAGAUGGUGCCGGCGCCGGGGCUGCAGACCUGGCCCGGCGUCGCGACCCCCGUGGACUUGUGGAAGAAGCACCUACCGGACGACCUGCCGCCAGUCGGCCUAGCCGCCACCGCGCUCACCGACUCUGAGUGGAAGUCACGGGGCUACGAGCUGGCUAGGCGCACCCACCUUGAGAAGCCAGGCCAGGCCAUCAAGGUCAUCCGGAACAGACCCAGCGCCAUCUUCUCCGUCAAGAACACGAAGCGGACGUACAGCAGCUGGUGCUACCCUAUCCACUUUGUGUGGACGAAGGACGUGAGCCAGGAACUGCUGGCCAAGCUGCCUCCACAAGUGCUUCGCAGCGACGAGGCGCAGCCGAAGAAGAAAUCCGAGGCCCCGAAGGCCAAGGCCAAGCGGGCCAAGCCGAGCAGCUCGAUUGUGGACAACAACUGGGCUGUGGGCACCAUUGUGGGUGUGUGGGACAAGUCCACGGGACUCAUUGGCGCCACGGGCCGGGACCAGGUGAUGAGCCUUGUGGCCUUGUACGGCCCGCGCACGACUGUCUUCAUCACCUUAGAUGAUGGUGUCUACGAGUUCACCCUGGGUGAUGGCAACGAGUGGAUCUGCUCGCGUGACAAGAUCCAGAUCAAGCCGGACUGCAAGAUCUUCGCCCCAGCCAAUAUGCGAGCAGCUCAGGAGGUUGAGGGAUACAACAACCUGAUCCAGCACUACAUGACCAACAAGUUCACCCUACGCUACACAGGUGGCCUGGUGCCGGAUGUCUGCCAGCAGUUCACGAAGGGGCAGGGCGUCUUCACAAAUCCGACGUCUAAAGCCUCCCCAGCCAAGCUGCGCCUGGCCUUCGAAGCGGCUCCCUUCGGCCGUUUGGUAGAGAUGUCCGGGGGUAAAACCUCUGACGGAGUGUCCGGCAACAGCGUGCUGGACAUGAAGAUCACCGCGGUCGACCAACGCACGGCCUUGGCCAUCGGCUCCGCGGAGGAGGUGGACCGUUUCAACAACAUGGUGUUGCAGAAGUAG